AAAAAGGUUAUUCACUGCUUCAAUAGUAUUUACUCGAAAACGGGACUUUAUUCGCAAUUUAUUGUCUAGAUUGUAAUUAAUUAAUUAAUUUAUACGCUACAUACGACAGGCGUCAAGAUGUCAGUUGAUGGAGCUGGUCAGGGGGACUUGGUGGCUAAGCACUACAAUCAGCUGCAGGAGUCAGGCCGGGAGUCACGGAUGGACAGCAGGAUUUUUUACAUGAGGAACUUUAACAACUGGAUCAAAAGCGUCGUCAUCAAUGAGGCCCUACAGAGGGUGAAGGGGGACAAGGGUCAUGAUCGGGACAUCUCGGUGCUGGAUCUGUGUUCCGGGAAGGGUGGGGACCUGCUGAAGUGGAAGAAGGGAAACAUCCGACACAUUGUCUGUGCUGACAUAGCUGAAACGUCUGUUGAGCAGUCGGAACAGAGGUACCGAGAUAUGGUCAGUCGGGAACGAUUCUCAGACAGAGUGUUUACUGCACAGUUCAUUGCAGCUGACUGCUCCAAGACAAGACUGAAGGAUAAGUACAAAGAUGCGGAUAUCCAGUUUGACGUGUGUAGUUGCCAGUUUUCCUUCCAUUACUGCUUCGAGUCACUACCCCAGGCAGAGAUGAUGUUACGCAAUGCCGUGGAGAAUCUCAAGUUGGGCGGAUAUUUCAUAGGAACUACACCAAACAGUCAAGAACUAGUUCGACGAGUGCGUGACUCUGAUGACAUGUCGUUUGGCAAUGAUGUGUACAGGGUGACGUUUGAAACAGAGAACAAGGAGGAGCUUCCUCUGUUUGGGGCCAAAUACAACUUCCACCUGGAGGGUGUGGUGGACUGUCCGGAGUUCCUCGUCUUUUUUCCUGUCCUUGAAAAAAUGGCAGAGAAGCAUGGUAUGAAGUUGAUAAGCCGUCAGCCGUUCGCCGAGUUUUUCAACAAGCACUCUGAGGACAGAGAUUACAAGAGUCUUCUGGGCAGAAUGCAGGCGUUAGAGAAGUACCCACCAGAGUCUGGAAGCAAACUACUGGGUUUAGAAGACCGGGAUUACGAGCAUGUCAAGUCAUAUGUUGAUGGGCAGGCAGCUGAUGAUAGCAAUCAAGGCCGACCUGUCUCUGUGGGAACCCUGUCAAAGGCGGAAUGGGAAGCCGUCACCAUCUACUGUGUGUUCAUGUUCCAAAAAGUCCGGGAUCCUGCUACGGGUGAGACAUGGCAGGGAUCAGCAACAGCUGACGCUAGUAAUGGAACACCAGACUCUGAACAGUCGAGAAAACGACCCGCUAAUGAGGCUUCAGACACGGAACCUCCGAAAGUUCCAAGACCGACUUAGUAAACAGUGUAAACUUCACAUGUAUGGCAGUAUGUAUACAUGUUUACUGUAUUCUGGACCAAGUAUAUAAUCCAUAACCAAUAAUGGAUUAUUCAACCGAAACAGCAGUUCAUUGGUAUAUUUCCAAUUUGACACAUCGUUUAUACCACUGUAUGUUCCAAAUACUGGCUAUGUUGACCAUAGCUUGGUGGUUAUUUUGAUGCAAAAGAUUUGGUGCAAAUAAACUGUGUCUGUACAACAUGAGGCUUGUUUCUUGCCCAGGGUGUGUAAAAAAGGAGCUUUUAUUUGUAGAGUAUUUGUUGUUGUUAUAUUGUUUACAGCAUAUGAACAUUGUGGCAUAGUUCUCUUUUGCGUUGUAAGUAAAUAUUGAUGGAGGGCUGUACUAUACUGAUUUUCAGCUUGUAUAAAUUUGAAUGUAUUAAUUAAGUUGAUCUAUAAAACGACAUAUUUAAUCUCAUUGCAUGAGACUUGGCUUUUUCUUUUUUUCUUUUUAAAGGACCUAAAUAUAAUUUACGGUAUUUUUUUCUGUCACUUAAACUGUGUUUGUUCAUGAAAUUUUGCUCUCUUUUUUAUUUUUUAUUUUCAUUAUUUCAUUUAUUAUUCAUUUUUUUGACAUUAAAUUGUUUAUACCAUA